GAGUUCAUGCAGAGUGUUUGCGAGCCGUAUCAGUACCUCACAACCGUUCUGGCAUCCUCUUGCACGCAGGUUCCACUGGGAACGGUUUGCAGUGGCAACUCAGCCCCGGCUCCCAGACUGGUCACCUCAUUCCGAGACAAGGAUUCCGCUCCCUUGGCCCAAGGCUACAAAAUCUCCAAGAGUUGAGCGUGAGUCGAUUUGCCUUACCCGUUUAAGGC